AGGCCGCCGGGGACUGUGCUGCUGCCGCCUCCGCCUCACUUCUCCAGAGACCGCAGGCGGCGCCCAGCGGGAGUGCCGCGUCCUCCAGCACCUCCGCGGCCAGCCACAAGCCGGCUUGUGCCCCGGCAGCAGUAACACAAAUUGUCAACCAUCAGAGCCCGGCUGCCAGCCACGGCAAGCCGGACGCCUCCACCGCACAGACUAAGCCCCUCGCACACAACCCCCCGCCGCCAGCAGUGAACGCACUCCCGAAUGCUGCCCCUGCUGGCAGCCCUGCCACCCAGCCAGCCCCAAGCUCGGUUGCCAACUGUGUCCCCAUGGCAUCCACCACGGUCACCCUUAACGCGAUAUCUAAACCCGUGGUGAAUGUUAUAGGGCCACCUGGUCCCGCUGUUGGCAUAGCCAAGCCAGGUGCUGCUGUACCUGUUGUCUCUGCGGUCCCCCAGUCGCUGUCCCCCCGGCCUGCGGUGGGCACUACUCAAAGAAUAGUGGCCCCGCAACUGAUCGUUAGACCGCCUCAGCAGACCACCAUCCAGUUGCCUCCAGGCUUUACUAUACCACCUGGGAUGGUGUUGGUGCGCACUGAAGCUGGACAGCUUGUUAUGGUACCCCAGCAAGCUUUAGCUCAGGCUCAAGUGCAAGCUCAAGUACAAACCCAGGGGCAAGGGCCCACCAGCAUUUCGCCCAGGCUUUCAGUGCCUACAAGUGGCCCAGUUUUUCGUUUAUCAACAGCCCAGCAGCCAACUUCUGUAGCCACAUCUACUGUCCGGCUAGGACUGCCUGUGCAAGCUAAAGUUGUUCAGUCAACUGCUACACCAGUUAGCGUUACAUCUGCUGCAACCCUGCCAGGAGGUUCUACUCUGUCACAUACCACAGUAACAGUAGCUACCACAAAUGCUCAGACUUUAUUUAAAACUACAGUAGCAACUGGAACCUCAGCUUCUCAACAACCUACAGUAAUUUCGGGAGGGCAAACUCAAACCCCAACACAACCCCAAGGUCAGCCUCGAUUACCACUCCCACCUCAUACAACAGCACAAGUACCAGCACAGCCCCAGGUCAUACCUAGUUCCCCUGUACCAGGGACUACAGUUGUAUCACAGGAAAUGCAAGAGAAUGUGAAAAAAUGCAAAAACUUUUUAGCCACCCUUAUAAAACUUGCUUCCCAUAAUUCACCUUCUCCAGAAACAUCCCGUAAUGUGAAAGCUCUGGUUCAGGAUUUGUUGGAUGCAAAGAUCGAUCCAGAAGAAUUUACAGGCCGCCUUCAGUCAGAGCUCAAAUCAUCCCCUCAACCAUAUCUGGUACCUUUCCUUAAGAAAAGUCUACCUGCACUGAGACAAUCUUUACUGAACAGUCAGCAUUCAGUUUUGCAAGGACAGCCGUCUCAGCAGCCACUUCAACAAACUAAGCUAUCACAAAUUAUACCUCAGUCUGCCUCUGGAAGCAUUUCCUCUGUUGUUGCGACACAGACAAUAGGAAUAAGGCAACCAAACAACAUUUGCACAGUCUCUGUAUCAAAUACAGUGCAGCCUCCUCAGGUUAAGGUGGUACAGUCAAAUCAGAGUUCUCAACUGCAGAUUAUCCAGUCAACAUCUGCUCAAACUGUGAAACGAAACCCUGCCUGCCAGACUACCCAGAUUAGGAUGCCAGUGGUAAUAACUCAGCCCAUUAGACCACAAGGCACAGUAGGGAAGGCACCAACAAUACAAGCCAACAAAAGUCCUGGGGGCGUUGGUGUUCAGGUGUCUGCAAAUCAGAAAAACAAGCUGAAUGACCCUGGAGGUGGUUCUUUCAGAGAUGAUGAUGACAUCAAUGAUGUUGCCUCUAUGGCUGGAGUUAACCUAAAUGAAGAAAAUGCCCGAAUCAUGGCAACCAAUUCUGACUUGGUUGGAACACAGAUACAGUCUUGUAAAGAUGAGCCCUUUCUUGCAGCUAUCCCUUUACAUAAGCGCAUACUAGAAAUGGCUAAAAAAUUAGGAAUUACAGAUGUGCCAGCUGAGGUGGUUACCUUUAUUUCCCAUGCAACACAAAACAGAUUAAGAACUGUGAUAGAAAAAGUAACAAUGAUAACGCAGCACCGAAUGGAGUCUCACAAAGAUGACGAAUGGUAUGAGCAGGCUACAGAUGUCCGAUCACAGUUAAAGUUUUUUGAACAGUUGGAGCGUUUAGAAAAGCAAAGAAAAGAUGAACAAGAGAGGGAAAUCUUGUUAAAAGCUGCCAAGAGUCGCUCAAGGCAAGAAGACCCAGAGCAAGCUAGACUGAAACAAAAAGCAAAGGAGAUGCAGCAACAAGAACUAGCACAGAUGAGGCAGAGGGAUGCCAACUUAACUGCCUUGGCAGCUAUUGGUCCACGGAAGAAAAGGAAGCUUGAUUCACCUGGUUUGCUUACCACAGGAGGAGAGGUCUUGGGCAUGUCCAGUGGAGGUCAGGCAGGUUUUGGGACUCCUUCAUCCAGGCAGUAUGCACGACAAAAAAUAACUCGCGUAAACCUCAGGGAUUUCAUCUUCUACAUGGAACAGGAAAGAGAAACAAGCCAUUCUCUCCUGCUCUACAGAGCUUUGCUUAAAUAAGGCCAAGAAUUAUACUGGUUUCCUCAUAGAGAAGCUCAGCCUGCAUUGAAGAUCUGUCAUUUUAAUGUGCCUUCUAUUUUUUUCAGAUGUCAGUGUUCCAGUAAUUUGUUUAGUAACAUUGUCAGACCAUGCAAUAAAUUUCCCUUAUGUAAAAAAUAAAGCAAUGAAAAAUGUGCAACGGGGUUAAAUCCACUGAUGGGGAAUCUGUGCUUAAUGUCUUACUACAUUUGGCCAUUUUUAGAUGAGGCUAGACACAGUCUCAAUGCCACUAAAAUUAUACAGAUUGUUAGGGCCAGACUGCAAAAGCAUACCCAAGUCAUUACAUUGAUGACACAGGGCAGCUUGCAAGAAGAUGGGCUUGCAGGAUCGGGACCUAAUCAUGACAUUUGGUUUUAUUAGCAGUAUGUUCUGUUGCAUUGCUAGGUUUUCUGUUUCUUUUUACCGUUUACUAAUGCUGUUUUCACUGACUAACCACAGUGAUGCCUCUUGUUAUUUUAAGUUAGUUAUAUUUGCAGUUUUUUGCACAGCUAAAAGAAAUAGCCGCUGCACACUCCUGCAUAUUUUACAUAUUUAGGGUUUUUAUUUUUACUGCACAACAUGAUGCUCAUUGGCUGAACCAAAUCCCAAGUGUAUGAAAUCUGCA